GAGUUAUAGUGAAAAAUGGCGAUGGCAAUUCUUACCUCUAGACCAAAUUCUCAUCCCUUUGAGGAGAGAAAAGUGUUGUUGACAGAGCCCUCUAAGGUUGGACGUUCAGUAGCGAAAAGCAGGCCUGCACCAAAUAAUUGUAUAUUUGAUUGUAAAGUGCUCUCGCGGAACCAUGCAAUCGUUUGGUUUGAAAAUGAUAAGUUCUUUCUACGUGAUACCAAAAGUAGCAAUGGCACCUUUGUAAAUAAUGUACGUCUUAGUAAAGGUUCAGAAGAAAGUGAACCAAAGCAACUUAAUUCUGGUGAUAUUAUACAGUUUGGAGUGGAUGUAGUUGAAAAUUCUAAAAAAGUAACACAUGGAUGUAUUAUAGCAAAUAUAACUCUUUUCCUUCCUGAUGGAAGUGAAGCUASAAGGUGGGCAUUGGCAAAUUUUGUGCUCUUCUGUGUGCACCAUAAUUGUAUAGUUUUUGUUCCAUUUUAAGGUUUUGUUUCUUACAURGUCUGUGUCCUGUUACCUACUGAAGGAACUCAAAUUUUUGUCCAUUAUGAAAUGCAGUUAGUAUUAAUACUGCAUAUCACAAAAAUAAGCUUGUCUGUUAUUUGUAUUUGUAUCCAACAAAGGAUUAACAUCCGGAACAUCAGUAAGUUUCACCUACUUUUUUACAUUUGUUAGUUUAUCUUUUUACAUACUGUUUCUAAAAACAGUUACGCAGCUCACACAAGUUUACUGCUAGUUCCCACAUCUUGUUAUUUGUAUUGUAUUGAAGACAGAGCUUGUUGUUCAGAAUGAAAUACAUGUUCAAACCUUUUAGUUUUUUUACAAUGAGAACAUUUUGUUAUAUGAACAGCAACUAUCCAUAGAUGGUAAUGACCUUUUCAUUGGCAAUCAAUUGUAUCACCUGUAACAAGGAUGGUCAAAUCUCUCUUUAGCACUCAGCAUGAUAGUACAUUUAACAAGGAGUAAUGAUCAGAUGAAAUGUGUUUUUAAACAUGAGUUGAUGUGUUGAUUUGACAACUUAAUGMAAGUGAUCAAAACUACAAAGCUAAGUGUAAUCUUGAUCAUUAUUGCUCAAAACAAUUAUUUCAAGCACUCUCGAAAAAGAUACAAUUACAUGUAAAUAUAACAAUUGUCUUUACCAAUUUAUCCUUGCUUUUACUCAAUUAAGCACUGAAGUGUUUAUAUAUGUCAUUAUCUUAGCAGGGGUUAUGAGUAGCCUUUUUCUGCAUAUUGAGUUAAUAUUUCUUGCUAUGGGAGCCAGAUGUUAGGUUAAUGUGUGUUUAUUUAGAUAAAAAAUGUAAUGUAAUACUGUCACCUGUCAAAUGYGUGUCUUGUUUUGAUGAAGACUGUAUUACAGCUGUAUUGGAUCUUACAGUUCUAUAAAAAGUAUCUUAUUUUGAUAUUAUUGAUUGUUGUUUUCUUAUUGUCAUGAUUAAUGAUUAUUAUACGAUUAUAAUACUUUAAUUUUAAUCCAGAAUAAUAGCUGUUCUUCUACAGAAUAAUUAUAGUAAAUUGUUAUUUUAUCAUUUGUUAUAAUU